AACCCCCUUCCUCCACAAUCUACCACCCCCCUCAACAGUUUCCUCUCCAGGCCCAGGGAGCAAUCACAGACGCCCCGACCUUGGCUUCCUCUGCUGGGAGGGAUUGGGGGGCUGGGCCCCCAAAGGGGCCACUGGCUUCCCCCUUCCUCUGGGCAGGGGACAGAAAGGCGCAGUCCCAGGGAGCGGGGACUGACUUCCUCUUGUCCCGGAAUGAGCAUGCCUGACCUUUGCAGGCAGGUUUGGGUCUGUCACGAAGAGGAAACCAAAAGCAGUGAGAGAGGGAAGGCAGAGCAGCCAAUCAAGGGCAGGGUGAAGCACAAAACCGGCGGCUCCCUGGGGAGCCUGUCAGAGGCUGGGGGCCAUGGCCGAGCUGCAGCAGCUGCAGGAGUUCGAGAUCCCCACGGGCCGGGAGGCUCUGCGGGGCAACCACAGCGCCCUGCUGCGAGUCGCCGACUACUGUGAGGACAACUACGUGAAGUCCACAGACAAGCGGAAGGCGCUGGAGGAGACCAUGGCCUUUACCACCCAGGCCCUGGCCAGUGUGGCCUACCAGGUGGGCAACCUGGCCGGGCACACUCUGCGCAUGCUGGACCUGCAGGCGGUGGCUCUGCGACAGGUGGAGGCCCGUGUGAGCACGCUGGGCCAGAUGGUGAACAUGCACAUGGAGAAGGUGGCCCGCAGGGAGAUAGGCACCUUGGCCACUGUCCAGAGGCUGCCGCCCAGCCAGAAAGUCGUCCCCCCGGACAGCCUGCCCACCCUCACCCCCUACUGCAGGAGACCCCUCAACUUCAGCUGCCUGGAUGACAUUGGCCAUGGGAUCAAGGAUGCGAGCACGCAGCUGUCGAGGACCGGGACCCUGUCUCGAAAGAGCAUCAAGGCGCCUGCCACGCCCACCUCUGCGACUCUGGGGAGAGCGCCCCGGAUCCCCGAGCCCGUGCAGCUCCCGGUGGUGCCCGACGGCAAACUUUCCGCCGCCUCAUCGGUCUCUUCCCUGGCCUCCGCCGGCAGCGCGGAGGGUGUUGGCGGCAUCUUCACGACCAAGGGGCAGGCGCCACCCCGAGCCCCGCCUCUCCCCAGCGCCACGGCCCCGCCCCCCCCACCAGCCUCCGACCUCUGCCUGCUGCCCCCGCCACCGGAGGAGCUGUCUCUGCCGCCGCCUGCCCCAGACCUGCCCCCGCCCCCGAUCCUGGACAUGGAUGAAUUGGAACUGCCGCCUCCUCCUCCACCAGGCUUCGGGCCCGAAGAGCCUAGCUGGGUCCCUGCUUCCUACUUGGAGAAAGUGGUGACACUGUACCCAUACACCGGCCAGAAGGACAACGAGCUCUCCUUCUCUGAGGGCACGGUCAUCUGCAUCACGCGCCGCUACUCCGACGGCUGGUGUGAGGGUGUCAGCUCGGAGGGGACUGGGUUCUUCCCAGGGAACUAUGUGGAGCCGAGCUGCUGACAGACAGCCUGGGCAUCUCUCUGGACUGCUGACCGCAGGCUUUUCCCUGAGUGGACCUUGAGCCCCAGGCCGAGGCCAGGCUCCAAGAUCAAGCAAGGCCGGACCGGGCUUGCCCACCUCUUCAGCUGUGAGCAGUGUCUGCACCUGCCCCCACCGCGGUGGGAAGGGAUCCCUGGGAGAGAGCAGAGGGGCCCUGGGGCCUGCUGCAGACGGGAAAGAACCAGAAGCCACGGAGUUUGGUGAUCUUGUCCACAGAGGACCCCUAUUCCACAUUGGGCGGGGACUCCCGCUGCCAAGCGCCAACUUUGAAUAAAACUCUGAUGAACUCCUGA